GUCGGUGUAGCGCGUGGCGUUGCAGCGAUCGGGCCUCCUGGCAGAGAAACUCGCCAUGGUGACGUUGGGAAACAUGUGGCCGAGAACCGAUACAGCCCUUGGCGCAUCUCGGGUGCUUGAAGAGGACCGAAUUGUGCCACGUUGGCGUCGCAACUUGUCCUCUCAAACAUGAAGGAUGGAUCGUGGUAUGGGAAAGUUGAUUGUGAAGGAGGGGGAUAAAGGGGAUACUGGAAUGCGUCUUGGCCGGCAGAGCUACGGGGCUUGCUGGAGAUUAAUUAAGGUCGCCCAGGAGGGUCUAUUGGCAUUCAAGGGAGAGUUAGACCUCGAUCAUGAGACGAAAGUGGAAGGGAAUCACGCAAGGCAUAUCGCAAUCAGGGACACGAUUCUUCUUAUACUCUUUGUACAAGUAAAUAACAUUGUGUUUCGAGACCAGCGUGGGAAGGGCAGAGCAUUGAAUAUGAUAGUGUAUUGGCAAGUCCUCAAUAUUUCAUUUCUUUUCUCCCCUUCCCUCCACGCCACUUUCCGAACUCACUAUUUUUUUUUUAAAGAGGGCUACGAUUCGACCGAAACCGAAGAUCAUACGUGCAAUAUCAUCUUACUCUUACUUAGCUUGCCACUCUCCUGUAGUCCAGCCCCAACGCAAGUCAACGCCACAUAGCAAAGUAGGGCCCUUUGUCCGAACCGCACCGUUUCGCAGGACUAGCAGAGUUCGCCACGAACAGCUCAGCGGUGCCUCGCGUGGCUCGAGAGGUAGGAAAAGACGUUUUCCUACCAAGAGCCGAAAAGCCCAGAAGUCCUAAAAGGACGGGCCUGGGACCAAACACGGCUAGAAGGAAACUUCUUACCCGCUCGACAUUUGAAGUAGUUGAAUAUAGAUAUAC